GUUGGUCUUUUUCGUCGAAGUGUAACGUUAGCAAAAAGUUUAGGGAAAUGAGGAAAGAGCGGUACAAUAAAUCGCAAUUGAUAUAAGCGACUUUUUAAUUAUAUUAUUUUAAUAUGGAUUGUCCGUAAAAUGAAAUGAGUUGCCUGUGGAAUUUAUGAUAUCGAAGCACACCCUGGGAAGCUCCGGAAAGUAGAAAGUUAACGUUAACGGCUGGACUAAGAAAACAAAACGCAUUAUUACUACAGAGAGCCGCAGAAGAGGGAAUAAAAAGCACUAAACGCACAAGAGCGCUUAAGCCACAGGAGUGUGAAGAACCAGUACUCUUUUAGUGAACACGACGGCCUGGGCUCCCCAUCUCAGCUGUAGCACUGUCGAAGGACACAUUAAACCCUGUCUCCUACUCCCGACUGCAAAAGUAAACCAAUGUCACUUCAUCUGGACCACCCAGCAGGUCUUUUUUUGUAUGUCUUUUCCCCCUUUGCCCUCCCUUUGGCAAAUGUCUGACCAACUUUUCGGAUCUUCUUCGGGAUAUCAGCUUUUAUUAUGCCCUUCAAUGGAUGCCAAUGGCUCUCUGGUUAGCAUGCGAAGUGAGGACCAGUCCUCCCAUGUCCGCUACAGGAUGGAGGCCUCCUGCCUAGAGCUGGCCCUGGAGGGGGAGCGCCUCUGCAAGCUGGGCGACUACCAGGCGGGCUCUUUCUUCGAGGCGGCCAUCCAGGUGGGCACGGAGGACCUGCAGGUGCUCAGCGCAGUCUACAGCCAGCUGGGCAAUGCCUACUUCCACCUGCACGACUUCGCCAAGGCGCUGGAGUUCCACCACCACGACCUCACCCUAACCAGGACCAUUGGGGAUCAGCUUGGCGAAGCUAAAGCCAGUGGGAACCUUGGGAACACUUUGAAGGCGCUGGGUCGCUUUGAUGAAGCUAUUGUUUGUUGUCAAAGGCACUUGGAUAUAGCCCAGGACCUGAACGAUAAGGUCGGCAAGGCGAGAGCACUUUAUAACUUUGGGAAUGUGUACCAUGCCAAGGGUAAGAGUAUCUGCUGGAGCGGGGCAGACCCAGGAGAUUUCCCAGAGGAGGUCAUGACAGCACUAAGAAGAGCCGCAGAUUACUAUGAUGGGAACCUGGCUAUUGUGAAGGAGCUUGGAGACCGGGCAGCCCAAGGCCGGACCUAUGGUAACCUGGGUAACACGCACUACCUGUUGGGAAACUUCCGGGGAGCAGUGGCGUUCCAUGAGCAGCGGCUGCUCAUAGCGAAGGAGUUUGGUGACCGGGCAGCGCAGAGACGAGCCUGCUGCAACCUGGGCAACGCUUUCAUCUUCCUGGGGGAAUUUGAAAUGGCAGCAGAACACUACAAGAAGGCGCUGCAUUUGGCUCGGCAGCUGAAGGACCGGGCAGUGGAGGCUCAGGCCUGCUACAGUCUGGGAAACACCUACACCCUCCUGCACGACUACGAGAGGGCCAUUGACUACCACCUCAAACACCUCAUCAUUGCACAGGACCUCAACGACAGGAUCGGAGAAGGCCGGGCCUGUUGGAGUUUAGGGAAUGCACACACAGCCUUGGGAAACCACGACCAAGCCAUGCACUUUGCAGAGAAACAUCUAGAAAUCUGCAAAGAGACCGGGGACCGCACCGGAGAGCUGACGGCCCGCAUGAACGUGUCCGACCUGCAAAUGGUGCUGGGUCUGAGUUACAGCACCAACAACUCUGUCCUGUCAGAGAAAGAGAUCGACUACAACCGAGCAGGGGCACGGCCAAGAAUGAGCAGGCGCCACAGCAUGGAGAACCUGGAGCUGAUGAAACUAACUCCCGACAAGAUCAAUGGACAGAAAUGGGCCAGUGACAUCCUGACCAAGCCAGCCAAGCCCAGCCUGGGCAAGUCCUCGUCCAGACUCUUCUUUGUGAACCGCUUCAGGGGGAAGAAACACAAGAGUGGCUCCACCAAAGUCCUGCAGGACAGCAGCAACACUCAGGACACCACGCAGGGCCCCGGGCCUCAGAAGAGGGCGAGUGUGGACACGCUGGGAGACGAGAGCUUCUUUGACCUGCUCAGCCGUUUCCAGAGCAACCGCAUGGAUGACCAGCGCUGCGCCAUUCUGGACAGGAAAAGCAGCGCGUCUGCACCGCCCAGUCCCUCGCGGACACCACCCACCGGCAUGAAGAAAUCGUUCUCGGAGGCGUCCCCUGGCCAGGAGCCGUUCUUCAGCCUGGUGGCGAGCACUCAGGGCCGUCGGCUUGACGACCAGCGCGCGGGCACGGGCGGCAGCCUGCCAGGCCUGCGGCUGACGCAGCAUAGGAGCCAAGCCGUGCUCAACCAGCUGAUGGCCAGCGCCGACAACAAUGAACCCGACGACCAGUUCUUCGACAUGCUGGUCAAGUGCCAGGGUUCUCGUUUGGAUGACCAGCGGUGUGCCCCCCCACCUCCCCCCAGCAAAGGCCCCACGGUGCCCGACGAGGACUUCUUCAGCCUCAUUAUGCGCUCCCAGGCCAAGCGCAUGGACGAGCAGCGGGUCACUCUGCCCGCCAGCGCCAGCUGCCACCAGCUGUAGUGUCCGCCCUCACCCCAGCCGCCAUCACAGCUCGGCACAUCACAAACUGCUCCUGUACUGCAGCGCAUACGUGUCCAUAUAGGGUAUGCGUAUAGAUGGCGGUGCAGAGACCGUCAAAGAGUUUGGGGGUCAGUUAUAUCUCAGCGCUAGAAGAUUUCCAGGAAAUUAACUGGACGUGGAAUAGGAAAAUGGCUGUUUUUGUCAAAACGGCACAAUUUUCCUAAACUCAGGUUCCAUCCUCUGACCAGAUUACUGAACAAACAGUACUGCACUGUAAGAGUGUUUGGAAAAAUUGGUCUAUCAGAUUUUAUGUUUUUAUUUUUACAUUUACUGCAUAGUAUUCCAAUGUAACCCUUAGUGUGUCUAAGUGUUUAGAUACUUGACUGCAGUUUUGUGUAUAUUUAUUUUGGCUGAUUUCAUUUUUGUUUUUCUUCCUUUCAUCCUAUAAGUGUAUACUGCCACUUCAUUUCUCUCUUAAGGUUUUUAAUUCCCACCAGAUUUCAUUGUAGAGUUUAGAAAGGUACAGUUCUCUAUAAUUAUAUUUUUUUAAUUGUCCAUAUGUGUGUAAGCAGUGUGUGCAUGAGAAAAUCUGUUAUGUGUUUGGUAAAACAAUGAACUCCAUAAUGUAUAGCUCCCUGAUCUCCUUUUGUACUUAGCAUUUUGAAGCACACAGGGAAUAAAACCUCAUUUGUGUAUAA